AUGUCUAUUUUUACUCUUGUUAUCUCUGAUCACAACUCAAUCACAUAUAAUAACGUAAAUAAUGGUUCAAUACUGACCGUCCGGUAUAUCAACCACUAUUUUUUCAUCUUUCUUCCGCUCUUCUACCUCUUCGUCCACUUUAAUCAGUUUCUCCGUCUCAUUCAAAUGACGGGUGAAAGUCGGGUUGAGUCAUAUCAGUCGGCACUGACCAGAGGCUGUCGUUGUAUUGAUCUCGAAGUUGUAGAUGGAGACAAUGGAGAGCCCAUUGUUUGCCACGGAUUGAGUGCAACGAUUCUGUUAAGAGAUGUUCUCCAGACUAUUCAGAAGUAUGCGUUCAAAACAACUCAAUAUCCUUUGAUCCUAUCGAUGGAAAUUCACUGCUCUUUUGAACAACAAAUAGUGAUCGCAUCCCUUAUAAGACAGAUAUUGAAAGAUUACUUAUACGACGGCGUUGUGGACAACAACAAGAGUCACUUGCCUUCGCCCGAAGCUUUG